UGUAGAGUUGGAAGGUGUUAAAUGGGGCAAAUCUUACGGGAGAGGUAAUACUUCUGAUUAGGUGGAGAAAACAAAUUAGCUGGGUACACAAGGCCUGUCUGACAUUAUUGUUACUGUUAUUAUCCCGUACUGGCGCUGUUAGAAAUGAGGGCAUUGCAUUAGAGGGAGAGCACAUUAUGCAGGUGUUUAGACCUGCUGGUAACUGCUCUCUGCUGACAGGUAUUUACUUAAUGAUAUGUUGGAGGGAAAGCCAGCAGCAAGGACAAGCACUGGAGGGAGCUGGGAGUGCUGAGCUCUGCCUGGCCUGGCCUUGCCUUAAUCUGCUUGAGUCACCUGACACCUCCCACCCAAGGACCUGCUGGAGGUCCCUCUCACCGCGGUUUUAAGGACAACCCCAAAGUCCCUUUUCUGUACUUUCAGCAGGGCCCUGGCCAUAGCACAUCCCCAGACAGAGUCCCCAGUGCCCUCCCUGGUCCCAGGGCUGGUCCCCGUGGUUGUCUGCAGCCUCCAGAGCUGCCCUGACUUGCUUGCUGCAAGGUGUUUCAGCUCCUGCCUGUGCUGGAGGCAAUACUUCCCGUGGGUACCAAUGGGACUGGUCAUGUUUCCGCUGUCAUGUGCUGUCCGUGGCAGGUGGCAGAGCCAGUUUUUCUGCUCCAAAAGUGGGACUGGGGAGGAGACCACAACACUCAAAUACCCGGAUCCCUGGUAGCUGCCAGCCAGGCAUCGAGGAGGCCACUUGUCUUUUUCAGCUCCAGCUGCUCCUUUAGGUCCUCUCUGUGCCGUAGGUGUGAUCGUCUUGUGCCCCAGAGCUCUUUGGCUUCGGUGAAAUGUCAACAAUCCUGAAAUGGUUCGGACGGGAAGAUAAGGAGAGAGAGGAGAAGGAAAAGGACAAGAAAGAGGAGAAGGAAGAAAAGGAGAAGGAAAAGACUGAGGGAGAAAAAGAGAAAGACAAGCAGAAGAGAAAGGAGAAGGAAGAAGAGGAAAAGGGAGAUGGGGAAGAGAACAGGAGCAGCAGCAGCUCCGGCAGUGACCUGGAGGAGGACCGCGGCAGUGACAGGGAUGAUGAGCAGGAAGACAAGGAUUAGCCUUUCCGUGCCGGAGUGGCAGCGCACGCCCUGGGCUCACCGAGGAGGUGGAGAGGCAAAUGACAGCACGUGCUGGAGGGCUCCUGGGCCACUCUUAGCCAAAUAAAGAUUUUGUGGGCUCCAAAGAGAAA